AUGAGAGUAAUUCGGCCAGGUUGGGCGGUACACGAGGUCGGUGAUCACGAUAGAAAGAAGCGUCAAGCGAUAUUCACGCUAGACGUGCAUCCAGACGGUAGUAGACUCGCAACUGGUGGUAUAGACGCAAUAAUUAGAGUAUGGACUACAGCACCUAUAAGAAAUGAAAAGCUAGAGUCUAAUGAGCGCGUUCCAAAGCAGCUAUCAACUUUAGAUCAACAUUCAGGGCCUGUACUUUCUGUGCGGUGGAGUAAUUCAGGCAGAUACCUAGCAUCUUCAUCUGAUGAUCGUGCCAUAAUUAUCUGGGCUAUCGACCCAAAUGGCGGUGGAAAAGUAUUCGGUAGCACCGAAGUUAAUAUCGAAGGCUGGAAAGCAGAGAGAGUUCUUAGUGGACAUGACAGUGAUGUGACUGAGAUAGCUUGGUCAAAAGAUGAUAGAUAUUUAGCAAGCGUAGCUAUGGACGGCUGCUUUAUGGUACACGAUACACAAACAUUCGAGCGAAUUAUAAAGAUUUCAGGUCACGACAGCUCUAUUAAAGGUCUUGGAUUCGAUCCAUCAGGACACUUCUUAGCAACAGCUUCUGACGAUAGAAGUUUGAAAAUAUGGAGAACUUCUGAUUGGGGUUUACAAGCAAGCAUUACUGACCCUUUUGAGGACUCUCCGAGAGCAUUUGUUAGGCGGUUAUCUUGGUCUCCAGAUGGUGCUAACGUUAUAUGCGCAAAUGCUAUUACCGACAGUGUCUUUGUUGCAGCUGUAGUAAAACGAAGCGACUGGUCAUCGCAAAUGAAACUAGUUGGUCAUGAAAAUAGCGUUUUAUGUACAGCAUUUAACCCACGAAUGUAUAAAGAUGGUGAGAAUGGAAUGUACAACAUCUGUGCAACAGGCUCAACAGAUUCUGUCAUAUCAAUAUGGAAAAUGAACACAUCAAAACCACUUAUUGUCAUCAAGGACAUAUUUGAGCGUCAAGUUUUGGACCUGAGUUGGUCUAGAGAUGGUAACACACUCUAUUCAUGUUCUGCUGAUGGUAGCAUUAUUGCGCUUUCAUUUUCGCAAGAGGAGCUUGGCCAGCCGGUAGCUGAUCAAGAAAUUAGCAAUAUCCUCAUUAAUUAUGAGAAGCCAGUUGCACCUGCCUUCCCUAUCAUGCCAAUACAACAGGUUCGCCCUACACUUCAAAAGGAGCCUUCGCAGCUGGAGAAACUAAUGGAAAAUAAGAGAGCUGCUCCAACUGCUAAUGAGCCAUCAAAAAAGAAGAGAAUUGCACCAACGCUCGUCGAGAAACUACCUGGUAUUCCUGAUACGCCAAGCAACCCAUUUAACCCACCUGUUCCAGGGCCAAGCACUUCUGCAUACCCACCACAACCAGUUUAUUACCCAAGUGCUAACAUACCUUCACAAACAUUCAAUCCACCACAGCUACCUUCAAAUAUGUUGAUGCCAAUGACACUUCCGCAUCCUCAAAAUCCAAAUGUCGUCGGAUAUUGGUUACCAUAUAUCAAAAAUCCAGACGAAGAAGAAGAAGGUGGUGAUGAUGAAGAUACACCUAUGGAAAUCGAGGAGAUGGAUCCAAGUCGUGUGAAGAUAUCAAAUAUACCUUCUGGAUUGUUAUACAAGAACGUCAAAGCUCGUACAUUAGGUCAUGGCGUAAAGAGAGAGGAAGUUGAGGUCAAAGAUAUAGGUGAAGUGAGACGUAUCACUAAGGAUGUAACUAUUGGUGUUCCAACUAUUAAGUCAGUCCUUUUCCAUCAGUUUAUGGGUGCGGCAACAGUUGGAAACAAAGAACUUGAUCGAGUUGAGGUCAGAAAUGCUAUUACUGAUGAUAAAAAUGACGUUGAAAUGAACAACGGAAGUGAAGAUAUUCCGAGGAAAUACCCUGAUUUACAUAACGAAAUACUUAUGCUUAGCAAACGCAGUGAUACUAAUGUCAGUAACCAUGGAAAAGUAAUAUGGGUUGAUUAUGCCUCAUCUAGAGUGGUGAAUGUCUCAGUUGGAGACAAUUUCGUUGGUGUUAGUCUUGAAGAUGGUACUUUGAGAAUAUACAGCUUUUCUGGAAGAAGAAUUUUUCCGGAUAUUACACUCGAUUCAACUUGUUCAUUCUUGGAGGCUGAAGCAACAAAGCUACUCGCUAUCACCUGCUCUGGAAGCGUUUACGUGUAUUGCACUAAAACGCGAAAGAUAUUGUUUGAGAAGACAUCACUCAAGCCACUCUUGAAUGCAUCAGAUAUUACUAUCAAUUCUGUGAGGCUCCGUUCAAAUGGCGUACCUGUUGUCAUUCUUUCCAAUGGAACUGCACACGCAUACGACUUUAAUCAAUUUAGGAGUUGGACUCUUAUCAGUAGUACAAGGUUUGUUAAGUCAGAUGCAUGGGAUAGAAGAGGGAGACAACGGCAAUCAUCAUCAUCGGCUGCCCAAAGUACACAAUCACAACAUCAUUAUCAACAACAACAAUCAAACCCAAUUUCUAGUAUUGAGAUUAAACUGAAUGAGUUGCUAGUUGACGAAAAAAUAAGUGAGCCAAUAAAUACAGAUAAGGACAGUAUGGAAGAGGAGGAAGCUGUAUACACUCUGAGCCACUUAGAAACUCGUUUACACGGCGCAAUACUUCUUGAUUCACCAACCGAAUUCAGGAACUCAAUGAUAGCAUAUGCGCGCAGAUUGGGAGACGAAGGUUUCAGAGGAAAAGCAGAAGAAUUCAUGAAGGAGUACAUGGGUCCAAUAUUCUACAAUCACAACCGAGGAGAAGAAUUCACACCGACGGUUCUCGGCUACAAGAAGAGGGAUCUCGUUAAGGAGUUCGCAAAUACACUAGCAAAGAGCAAACCGCUAGCAAAACUUGGCCAGGAGUAUUUAGAUUUAUUAAAGCAAAUUAAUUCAGAGAUUGUAUAAUUUAUUUAUUAUUCAAAAGUGUGGGGUUGAUAAAUCAUCACAAUUACG